AUGGAUUCCGCAACUCCAUCUUCUUCCGCCUUAAAUGGCGACAAUAGCGUCACGUCCAGGUUAUCAUCAGCGUCUUCGCUGACCCGAGGCCCCAAAUUGCAAAAUGUUCUCACGUCAGCAUCCAGCGUCAAUGCUGCUUUAUCCUCCGCCCCAGUCCCCCCGAGUGCUGUCACCUCAUCUACAACAACAGCUAAUACUCCUACUACCGCUACCACCACCAACUCCAGCCCUACUUUUCCUCCUCGGAAUAGCUUCUCCAAUGCGUCGAGUCCUAUGGGAACUCCAUACAUGCUUGCUGCUGAUAGUGGUCGUGGUCGCUACCUCCCCUAUACCCUUGCGUCGCCGGUCCCGCUAGAACUGGACGAGACGUCUGACAAUAUGAUGGCUAUUACUAGCAUACCUUCUGGGCCACCUCAGUCCUCUGACCAGGCCCCAUUGAAUAAAGGGACUUCCGGCAUAAUUCGCCGAAUUUCCCACAAGUUAAAACGCCGCCAAUCGUCCACGCAACGCGAUAAACGGGAAAGGAGUUCUGGACCUGUUAUCAUGCGGAGACGAAGCGAUAGCAAAGCUCACCCCCGCACCGGCAGAGAAAGUACCUUGGAUUGGAGCUUUGAUGACGACGACAACGACAUGUACGAGCCCUUCAAUGGCUACGCUGGUUCUGAAUCGACCAGUAUCAAUAGUGAAUUUCCAGGCACGGUUUUGGCUCGAGAAGCCGGUGCUGUCGCUCCAAAGGUCGACUCUGCUCUGCAACGGGGCACCUGGCUGACCAAGGUCACGAAGAAAAAAAGCAAGCAAGUGCGAUUCUUUUUAGACCUCGGUACGGCAAAAGUGCGAUGGGAUUUAUCUAAUCCGUCGAAAAGAUUCUAUAUUGAUGACAUCAAAGAAAUCCGUGUUGGUCCGGAUGCUCGUAACUAUCGUGAGGAAUAUCAGGUUUCCGCCGAAGCUGAAAGCCGAUGGAUUACGAUCAUCUUCGCCAAUCCUGAUCGGUCAAAGAGCCGACCAGUCAAGGCCAUGCAUCUUAUUACUCCCGAUGACUAUACUUUGGAACUUUGGACCGCCACUUUAGAACAUAUUUCCCGGUUCAGGGUUGGUCUCAUGACGGGCCUCGCAGCAUCGAGCCAAAAUGAGACGGUCCUACGGGCCCAUUGGCAGCGCGAGAUGUCUCGACUCUUUCCCCACGGACUUCAGCCGGGAGAAACCGAAUCCUUGGAUCUGGCUGCCAUUGAGUCUGUUUGCCUAGGCUUGCAUAUCAAUUGCUCCAAGGAUAUGCUUCGUUCCCAGUUUGCCAAAGUAGAUCUGGAAGGAACCGGCAAAUUGAAUUACUCAAAGUUCAAGGAUUUUAUCGCUGGAUUGAAAGAGCGGAAAGAUCUCAGGCGGUUGUACAAAGACCUCGCCGUCAGCAAUCCCGAACAAGGCCUCAGCCUCGACGAGUUCCUCGAAUUUUUACGGAACGUUCAAAGAGAGGACAUUGUUCGUGACAGACAGUAUUGGUCCUCAAUUUUCGAAAGGGUUGUACGCCGUACUCGUACUAGAGCACACAGUUUACCCGAGCCUCUUGAGGCCCAUCUCCCACGAAUGAGUCUAGAUGCGUUGGCAUCAUUCUUGCAAUCAGAGGCAAACGGCAUAUACUCUUCUCAUGCCCCAGAGUCUCGUUUCGACCGCCCUCUUAAUGAGUACUUUAUUUCCAGCUCUCAUAAUACUUACCUCCUCGGUCGCCAGGUAGCUGGAGCGUCAAGUACCGAAGCUUAUAUCACAGCUCUUCAACAAGGGUGUCGCUGCGUUGAAAUUGACUGCUGGGAUGGGUCUGACGGACGUCCAAUUGUCUCCCACGGACGGACAAUGACAACCAGCGUCCUGUUCGUAGAUUGUAUUACUGUGAUCAACAGAUAUGCCUUCAUUUCAUCCGACUUUCCUCUUAUCCUGUCACUCGAAGUCCAUUGCAACCCCGAACAGCAGUUUGCCAUGGUCAAAAUAAUGAAAGAAACAUUUGGCGAGCAAUUAAUUCUCGAGCCCCUACUUCCCAAAAGUACCGUCCUACCGUCACCAGAAGAGCUGAAGAACAAGAUUCUUGUCAAAGUGAAGACUUGUGAUGAGCCACAAAACACCCUUCCACCGGAAGGUAUUUCGAACACGCCAAGUUUCCAUGGACGAAAGCGAAGCUCAAGCACCCCGUUUCUGCGCAGUACAGGCUACGAAAGCCUUAGUGUUGCGGCUGAUAUUCCUCUCUCAAGUCCUCCAACAAUCGGACCCUCGAUGGACGUUACCAUGCCGAUGCCUAUAAUUGCUCCUAGUCGUCGUUCAGCAACAUCUACGGGCAUGAGUAGCGCCACAGAUGAUAGCGAUAGCGCACUGAUCAAUGCCAGCCGAGAGAAGAAACGGCGGCAACGAAGCAAAAUUACCAAGCCUCUAUCUGAUCUUGGCGUCUACACCCGUGGCUACAAAUGGCAGAGUUUCAUCGCUCCUGAGAGCAAACAGUACAACCAUGUGUUUUCCUUUGCAGAGCGGGCUUAUGAGAGCGCUUGUCGCGAGGGAGACAACAAAGCUCUAUUCGAUAUUCACAAUAAACGCUUUCUCACGCGAGUCUAUCCGUCUGCAUUUCGUUUGAAGUCGUCCAACUUCGACCCAACCUCGUUUUGGCGGAGUGGUGUCCAGAUGGCUGCUCUCAAUUGGCAGACGUACGACAUCGGCAUGCAAAUCAACCAGGCCAUGUUUGCCGCUGGCACAGACCGAACCGGGUAUGUACUCAAACCAGAAGAGCUUCGUCGACCAACGUCCGCGCUAGAUGCGUUUAGCGAAGGGAAGCCAGUGACCACUGAACGAAAGUUUGUUCGAUUGGCGGUCGACAUCAUUUCCGCUCAACAGCUUCCACGACCCAGAAGUAUGGGACCGGAUGACAAUAUCAACCCAUAUAUCGAAGUCGAGAUGUACUCGGCAGAUGAUCGCGGCCAGUGUGUUGCCCUUGGAGGAGGUGGCCAAAAUGUGUCUGCUCGUAACGGCAUGUCCGGUCUGGGGCUUCCACAUCGCCGUCGGACGAAGAUCGAAGCAAACAAUGGGUUCAGUCCGGUUUUCGACGAGAAAUUGUGGCUAGCAGUUGAGACCAAAUAUCCCGAUCUCGUCUUUGUUCGCUGGACUGUUUGGAACUCGCCUGAUGCUCGUAGUGCGGGAAACAAUAAUGCCAUCCAACUUGCUAGUUUCACGGCGAAAUUCAGCAGUCUGUCUGAAGGAUAUCGCUAUCUCCCAUUGUACGAUGACAGCGGCGAUCAAUACUUGUUCUCUACAUUGUUUUGCCGAAUCACCAAGGAAGACCCAGUGCCAGUCCAGCGACUAGACAUGGAAGAUCUCAAGGCUGAACGAAGGGGCAUCUUCCGACAGAUUGGCCAGACGGUCAUCAAACGAGCUUUGUCCAAGGAGCGUGAUCGAAAUACGAAAGCAGGCGGUGAUGCGGAAUCUGUGCGAAGCAAAGAAUACUCGCCAUCUCUCGGACCUGUAGUGUCUACAUCACCGACGAUUCCGCCGCUGAAUGCGCUUCCUUGA